AUGAUCUCCGCUCAGCGCUCGAUGUAUACGCAGUGGAAACAGCGUGUCAAGCUGGUGCUGGCCCCAAAGGCUGUGGGGUUUGAGGACCAGUGCUUAACUACUUUGCUCCAAGCGGCCUCCGCUGGGCAGUGUCGGCCACGUUAUGUUCAUGUCCGGCAUUUCGAACUUGAGCUCACUUGGGGAAAUGCAUCUCCUGAUGGAGUCGAACGAAAAGUGAUUCUGGUCAAUAACCAAUUCCCCGGACCUCAACUCAAUAUAGCCGAGGGAGAUGAGGUUGAAAUCGUCGUUAAAAACAGUCUUCCUUUUGAAACAUCCAUCCAUUUCCACGGCAUAUCCCAGCAUGGAACCCCGUGGUCAGACGGAGUGCCCGAUGUUUCCCAGAGGGCUAUUCAACCAGGAAAAACUUUCAUCUACCGUUGGAACGCAGUCGAUUAUGGCACUUACUGGUACCACGGCCAUGCCAACGGCCAGUUGUCGGAUGGUCUGUUUGGCGCGAUUGUGAUUAGUCCAAAAGAUGACCGACCUGCACCCUUCCACAAAAUUUCCGAUUCGGAAGAAGAAGUUGAGAGGAUGAGGAAAGCUAUGUUGAACCCAAAGACGAUAUUUGUGUCCGAUUGGCAUCAUAUGACGUCUAAGGAAUAUCUCCAGGUUUCUCUGGAUUCAGGAAUCGACAACUUCUGCACUGAUAGCGUUUUGAUCAAUGGUAAGGGAUCGGUUAUAUGCAAGACACAAGACGAAUUGAAUAAGUUGACCAGACCGGAUCAAAGAAAUCUUCUGAAAGACGAGAAUCUAACGGACAAAGGCUGUCUUCCUUUUUAUAUCCCUGCCGUCGUGGGUGAUUUCCCUAUUGAUCGCAGUAAAGUCCCCAAAGAUCUCUACUAUAAUUGCAAGCCGCAUGAAGGACCACGUGAAAUCAUUACCGCCGAUCCCGAUGACGAGUGGAUAAGCCUCAAUUUUAUAAGCUCAUCAACAAUUGCCCGGUUCAUGGUAAGCGUCGAUGAGCAUAAAAUGUGGAUAUACGCUUAUGACGGAUUUUACAUCGAUCCCAUUCUUGUUGAUGGCGCUCCUGUCCCAAAUGGUAGUAGAGUUUCAGCGCUGGUGAAGCUCAACAAACCGCGUAAAGACUACACGAUACGCGUUGCCAAUGUCGAAAGUAACCAGCUCUUUAGCGGAUUUGCAACCCUUCGAUAUGCAGGCCAACAGGAAGGCGCUCCCAGCGAGCCAAGUAAACCCACCAUCGGCUACAAUGGGGUUAACCUGACAACAGAUUUCGUGGCUUUCGACGAAACCAAAUUCACUCCAUUCCCCCCAUCCAAACCUGCUGCAAAGGCUGACACAACUUACAAAUUCAAUAUCGGAUUUGCCGGCGCGGCCUUUCGAUGGUCUAUCAGCGGGAAAGCUUCCCUGAACACCUCUCGAGACAUCGAACCAGUUCUCUUCGAUUCUCACGGGCCAUUGGCAACGAAUAAAGCUCUGACAUUCCCAAACCAAGAAUGGUACGUGGGUGGAUCUAGUUCUAGUGACCGGCGGAAAUUUCAAUCCUCCGCACCCCAUACACAAGCAUUCGCACAAAAUUUCUUCAACUUGGAAACGCCACCAUUGGCUGAUGGCUUUACAUCACCCCCUGGAACAGCUCAAGAUCCGUCCUGGGUGGUUAUUCGGUAUCAAGUGACGAACCCGGGAGCUUUCCUACUACACUGCCAUAUUCAGACGCAUUUGUCAGGAGGGAUGGGGGUUAUUCUUCUGGAUGGAUACGAUAAGCUACCCGAGGUGCCGGUCGACUUACUUGAGGCAAUAUCUAAAUUUGAAGAGUCUGUUCCAUCUGGGCUCAGGGUGAAGGACUGA